CGUCACACGAAUGUAUCAACACCACAAAAAGAUAAUUCUGUGUACGGUAUAGGCAAUUCUUGACAUUUUUGUCCCACUAUGAAUUAUGUUGUUAGACCUAUCCCGUUGUCUGACAUACAGGAAGCCAGAGAGUACAUGAAAGGAAAGCUAAAACCAACACCGCUAGUCGGACUCUUGGACCAUAACAGUAUCUUUUUAAAGUUAGAAAAUUUACAGCCAUGUGGUUCAUUCAAACUACGAGGUGCAUUAAAUGCAAUUAGAAAGAUACCAAUAGAAACUUUAGAACUUGGGGUUUGCACUGCUAGUUCUGGUAAUUUUGCUCAAAGCUUGGCUUUGAUUGCAAAUAAUAUGGAUAUGCGAUGUAAUGUUCUAGUACCAAGUCACAGUCCUAUGAACCAAUUGUUAUCAAUUGAGGAACUUGGAGGAAUGAUAACAAAAGUUGGGCUCGAUGAAUGGUGGGAAUCAAUUGAGACACAUAGCUAUGAAGGAAUGCGGGGAACCUUUGUUCAUUCUGUCUGUGAACCUGAUGUUGUAGCAGGUGUUGGUACAAUAGGUUUGGAGAUAGUGGAUUGUAUACCUGAAGUCAGUAACAUUAUAGUUCCCUAUGGAGGAGGAGGUCUGAUUUGUGGCAUAGCUAUAGCUGCUAAAGCACACAAUCCAAACAUUAAAAUUUAUGCAUGUGAAGUGGAGACAGCAUGUCCGUUGAAAGCGGCAUUACAAGCUGGGGAACCAGUCAAAUUCCCUUAUCAGGUCAGUUUUGUAGAUGGUAUUGGAGUAAAAUCCAUUCUCCCUGAAAUGUGGCCUCUGGUGAAAAGUCUAGUGACAGACUCGAUAGUUGUAAGUCUACAGGAAGUGGCUGAUGCAGUAAGGCUUCUGAGUGAUAAAAACCAUGUAAGGGCAGAUGGAGCAGGUGCUGCUUCCGUAGCUGCAGCCAUGAAAGGUGUUGUGGGAGAGGGGAAAACAGUAUGUAUAAUUUCAGGUGGAAAUAUAGAUACAGAUAUAUUAUACAGUGCUUACAAGGCAAGAUUCCAGCGCAAUGACACACUGCCGAAGUAUUUAAUAAUAUAGAGUAGAACUUGUGUAUCAUUAAUUGAUUAUGAUAUAACCAUUAGAAACAUAUAUUCGUUCUUACUAAUACGUUAGGAGCUAUAUGGAUGAUUGCAAGCCUGCUAGUACAGCCAAACUAAGAUUUAACCUCAAACUAAUUGGAACAGAAAAUGUUUGAGUUCUAAUCAAUAGCAUUAUGACCUUUCACACAGAAAAAAGUCCAUAAAAUCUGACUUGAGGAAAACUCAAAAUCAGCUUUUUUAAUUUCCUAUGGAAAUUAACAUUGGGAUGGGAGAUAACUCUUACAAAAAUGAGUCUUUUUUUGGGUCAGUUUUUUUGUUGUUUUUCUUGAAAUUUAUGUCAAGUAUGAUACUUUGAUGGGGUUGUAAGUUUGUAUUUGACAAAAUUAUAUAAUCUUCUACUCAUGAAAUGUGCAAAACCGAAGUGUUAUGGGAAGUUUAUUUUUUUCGAGCAUGUUUCCUCCAAAAAUUUGCAAAUUUGAAGCUUUGUAACCAUUUUGAAAAAAUAAUGUGAAAAUUUGGUAUUGUUUAUAGUUGAAUAUUAUAUUUUUUCAGCAACUUACUUAUCUUAAGAAACUUUAAACCACAAAAAGAAGAUUACAUGCUAACAUGUUUAACCCCGCCACAUUAUUUAUGUAUGUGCCUGUCCCAAGUCAGGAGCCUGUAAUUCAGUGGUUGUCGUUUGUUUAUGUGUUACAUGUUUGUUUUUCGUUCUUUUUUUUUACAUAAAUAAGGCCGUUGGUUUUUCGUUUGAAUUGUUUUACAUUGUCUUAUGGGGGCCUUUUAUAGCUGACUAUGCGGUAUGGGCUUUGCUCAUUGUUGAAGGCCGUACGAAGACCUAUAGUUGUUAAUGUUUGUGUCAUUAUGGUCUUUUGUGGAUAGUUGUCUCAUUGGCAAUCAUACCACAUUUUCUUUUUUAUAUUAAUUAUUUUUAAUUAAAUUUGAGUUUCUUUACCUUGACAUGUUGAAAAUUUCAAUAAACGGUCAACUAAUGAUUUACGAAAUCUAGAUUAUAGCUUGAUAAAAUAUAUGAAAAUACCGUUAGAGUUGAUUGUUAUACUCUAAAGACCGCUAAAAAACAAUGGAUCAAUACAUUCUGAUGAAUAUUAUAGAAGCGGUAAAGUUAUAAUUUUGUAUCAAUUUUUAUUGAUAGUUCUGCCUUUUUUGCAGUUAUGGCUCUUUUCAAUGCAAAUCUCAAUAGGUAUUUUAAAUGGUGAUUUUUUUAGUCUUCCUCAAGUUAGAUGUUAUGGGACAUUUUGUCUGUGUUUAUUUGGGGUAUAAUGCUAAAGAUUUAAACUUAAAAAUCUUCUGUUGCAAUUACUUUCGGGUCAGGGUACAAUUUAUGCUAGAUUGACUGGACUAUGCGACUUCUGUCCUUAUCGUGAAUGUGAUUCGGCGGCGGCGCUAAUUAAUUUAAUUUUUAAUUUUUUUACAAUCUAUUAGUUGGAAGACCUCGAUACUUUGUCAUACGAGUGAGAGGUUUAUGUAGCUAAAACAAGGUUCAAUUAGAAAAUGUCGGUACCAAGUUAUGAAUAUCAUAGUUGUAUAGUUCAUGUGUUUGUGCUUUUAAUUUUGCCAUUUAAUAAGCGACUUUCCGUUUUGUAUUUGUAAUUUUACUUUUUACUUGUUAAUUUUUUGUAUUUCUUCAUGUUUUAUGUCUGAAAUAGCAAGUAGGGGAGUCAGAAUGAAAUUACAUUGUAAAGAAAUUUUGUUCAUAAAUAUAAGUAUCAAGAGUAAGUAGUAUUGUAAAUG